UGUAGUGCAAUACUCUUGUCUCGCAAUACUCAAGUCUCUGUCGAGUGAAAAAACGAAUGAAAUUUUGCAGUUGUAUGGAGAAAGUCGAAGAUUGCAUAUGUUAUUUGUGUACCCGAAUACUGCUAUCAUACAAAGCAAGUGAUAGCACUGAAGUUUCUUUGUAUUGCAAGUCGUUUAAAUCACUGGGGAGCGUUCGGUAAAUAUAAGUUUCUCCGUUUACUCUGCAUUAGAAAUGGCGGAUGCAUGCGAUGUGGCAGAUUCUAGUGUUGUGGAGGGUAAACAUGAUACCAGAGACUUUCUUUGUGGCGUGGUUGAAGGAUUUUAUGGGAGACCAUGGACACCAGAGCAAAGGCGAGAUUUAUUUAUAAAGAUGAAGAAGCUUGGUCUUAAUACUUACAUGUAUGCUCCAAAAGAUGAUUUUAAGCAUAGAGCUUAUUGGAGGGAGUUAUACUCAGUUGAAGAAGCAGAGCAUUUGACAUCACUUAUCCAGGCUGCUGAAGAAAAUGAUAUAAUUUUCUUCUAUGCUCUUUCACCUGGCUUAGAUAUAACAUACUCAAAUCCAAAGGAAAUUACAGCUCUGAAACGUAAAUUAGAACAGGUUGGUCAGUUUGGUUGCACUGCAUUUGCUCUUCUCUUUGAUGACAUAGAACCUGAGAUCAGUGAGACUGACAAGGAAGUGUAUCAGUCAUUUGCUCAUGCUCAAGUUGCUGUAGCAAAUGAAAUAUACGAGUAUUUAUCUCAUCCCAAAUUUAUUUUUUGUCCGACAGAAUAUUGUGCUGCCAGAGCAAUUCCAAAUGUUCAGAAUUCUGAAUACCUCAAUACAAUUGGACAAAAAUUACACCUGAAUAUUGAUGUCAUGUGGACAGGUCCAAAAGUUAUAUCAAAGGACAUUACAAUUGAAUCGAUCCAAGAAUUAUCUGAAGUAUUGCACCGUCCACCACUAAUAUGGGACAAUUUGCACGCAAAUGAUUAUGACCAAAAAAGGCUGUUCUUAGGUCCAUAUUGUGGCAGAUCUACAGAACUUAUCCCUCGCUUGAGAGGUGUCCUCACAAAUCCUAACUGUGAAUAUGAAACUAAUUUUGUCCCCAUUCACACCCUUUCUCAGUGGAGCAAGUGUACUGUAGAUGGAAAAAGAGAAUUAAACAUCAGUGAAUCUGUGAGUGCAGAUAUUAAACUUGAAACAGAAAAUGAAAAUGGUUCUGUUGAAGACAUUCCUUCUCAUCUAAGUCCAAAUACAUACCAUCCUAAGAAUGCUCUAAAACUUGCCAUUGAGGACUGGUUGCCUGAAUUUUACAAAGCUAAAAAUGCAUUUGGAAGAUUAAUAAGUGCACCUUUGGUACCCACACCUAUACCUGCAUGUCCACUCCCUGUCAUUACUGCUUGUUUUUCUACAGCUACUCUUCCAACUCCAAGUGCUUCUGGUCGUGCCAGUCCUGUUUUAGAUUCAGCCUUUCAGCCAUUAUCAAAUGAACUAGUAAAUUCAUUGAUAAGUCCGAAAGAAGUUGGUAAUAUGGAGCCAAUGGAUUGCAAUCCCUUACCAUCUUCUCCAAAACAUGACCCAUGCAUUCCAUCUAAUGUUAUCUUGCCUACAUCUCCAAAAUGUGAAGAAGAAACUGAUUUGUUAAAAGAAGAUACAGCAGAAGAAAUGCAGACAGAGCCUAUUGACUCCUCUUCCAUUAAUGGUGAUACAGAAGGAAAGCAAUUACUAGAAAGUGAUGUUGUGUUAUUAGUCGAUUUAUUUUACUUGCCUUUUGAACAUGGUCGGCAAGGACUGAAAAUUUUGCAAGAAUUUCAUUGGCUGAAAUCUCAUGGCUAUCUUGUUUGCCAGAAUCCAAGGAAGAAAGGAAGUGGAUCUGAUAAUUCUGAAGUACAGGAAUGGUUUAACAGAGCAUCUAAAUUUGAUGCAAUGACACAAGCAGUUGGAAAAUUAUUGAUGCGGUUGACAUUUUGUCCAAAUCGUUCUUUACUUUAUGAUUUAUAUCCAUACAUCUGGGAUAUCAAAGGUGUAGUUUCCAUGUUGAAUUCGUAUUUGAAAUGGAUAGCUCUACGACGAGUUCCAAUGCCUGUGACCAGUUUCAUGUCUUCUCCAUUCACAUGGUUUUCUAAAGGUUACAAAGAAGCAUUCAUGAGUGGUGAUCAAGAACCAUGGGCAUUUUUAGGUGGCCUUACUGCAGAAUUACAGCACCUGUUGCCUCUUGAAAGUGUGAAUGACUUGUUUCUGUAUAAAUCUCCAGAGACUCCUAAUAACAGAAUAUAUACUAUCCGUCCUUACUUGCCUUCUGAUGAGGCUCAAGUAUAUAAUGUAUGCCGAAGGACAUGUGAUGAUGGCAUGGAUGGAAGUGAAGUUUUCCCUGAAUAUCCAAAUCUAAUUGGAGAUAAGUUAGUGGGACAUUUUCUGUGCUUGAGCCCAGAAUAUUGUUUUGUUGUUGAAGAUGACAUGGGUAUAUGUGGAUAUGCAUUAGCAGCUCUAGAUGCACAGCAGUUGAAAAAGAAAGCAGAAAUAUGUUGGAUACCUGAAUUGCUUUUGAAAUAUCCUGCACCAAAGAAAGAGAAUGGGGAAAUGUUAACACCUGCAGAAGAAAUUAUAUCUGCAUUCUAUAGUCAGCAAAAAGUAGGACCACCUGAUAUUGUUUAUCAGCAUCAUCCAUCAACAUUGCGCAUGAAUAUUUUACCAACUGUUAAUGAUCCCAGUGUGCCAAAGCGUAUGCUAACUUGCAUUUUAUCAACUUUAAAGGCUAAUGGUUCACAUGGAGUGUUUGCGGAAGUCACCGUUGGAGAUAAAAAUAUUGUAGAUUUCUUUUCUAAACUUGGAUUUUUAGAAAUCGCACACCCAGGUUUUACUUGUGAUGAUGUUUUUUACAUGGGAAGGACUUUUUAAAAAUUUUUAGGAAUUGGAUUCCCCCCCCUGUCUGCCUGAAAUUUACUGCCUUGUUUUUAUUAAUACAGGUCUAACUGUUUGUACUUGGUCCUGAGUUAGUUUGCAACAGUGACAAUCGAGCGACAUAUGGGAAAAUUAAUAUUACUCAUGUUAAUGCAAAUUGAGUGGUUGGUAAUGCUGAGGAGAUUCACUCUAAAUCAUUUUCACCCAAUCUCCUUCACAGUAUCUCAACUGUAAAAAUAUUGCUUUUAGUUAGUAUGAGUAAGGUUUGUAGUGUCACACGCUUAGACAUUAAUUUAUUCUUUAGAGCUCUUAAUUAUUUUGUACUCAUUUUCAAAAUUAAUUUCCUGUCUUUUCAAGCACACUAUAAGUAAUUUAGUAUGGUUAAAUUCAAACAUUAUUCUUGUAAAUAAUUCAUUUUAUGCAGAAUUUAAUUAAGUUUUAAAUGCAGCACAUGAUCAAUCUGAAGUUUUAUGUUUCUUCAUUUAUAUGUAAAUAAGUUGUAUUAUGUACAUUGAAAAUAUCUGUAUGUAUAUAAAAAUUAUAGUGUGUAUUUAUAUGAAGAGCUGUAUAUGUAUGAUUGAAAGUAACUUAUAAAAUCCUACAAAUGCUGACAAAUUGCAUAUGUGCAGUUAAAAACGAGCACAAAAAAUAUGUUAUUUAUUAUGUAAUAUCUGAAUUAGUACUCAUUUAAGAAACUUUUUUUCUUUUGUUCGAGUGUUUGAAUUGCUGUAGAUCUGCUCAUAUUGAUCCACAUUUUGUAUUAAUAUUCAUUUUUAUAUUUUGUAUUGAAAUUUAUAUUUUUGUGAACUGUAUUCAGUAUACAAAUGAUUUAUUUGUGAUUGAUUUUAAUCUAAAUAUAAUACACUGACUUCUGGAAAUAAAAAGAACUGAUAAAGUUUAAAAAGAGAUUUCAUGCCAGUAAUGUCCAAUUGAUAAUUGAAAAUGAAUUAGAAACUAGUGUAGCUAGUAAUGAACUAACAAUAAAACUCAGUUGUUCAAAUCAUAUCAUUUUCAAUAAUGGAUUUUCUGCAUUAUCUGCAAAUUGUUCAACUGAGUUUGGCUUAGAAAAAGAAUGUGUUGAAUAAUUUUGUAGUACUAGAAGGAAUGAAAAUAUUAAUCAUUUAUUAUUUGCAAUUAUGAUUUUCUACAAAUUGUUUGAGAACGUAAGUUACUAUUCUACUACUGCAGACAAUUAGGUACUUGCUAUUCUUGACCUUUAUUUAAAAUUAAGCACUGUUAUAAAUUUAUAUGAACAGCUGUAUAUGUAUAAUUAAAAGUAACUUGGAAAAUCCUCCAAAUGCUGACGAAUUGCAUUCAUGCAAUUAAAAAUAAACGAAAAAUUCAUAAUUUAUUAUGUAAUAUCUGAAUUACUAAUUUAAUAAAUAAUUGUUCGUAUUUGAAUUAUCUCAGAACCGCUCAUACUGAUCCACAUUAAGUAGUAAUACUCAUUUCUAUAUUUCGUAUUGAAAUUUAUAUAUCUAAUUACUACUCAUUUAAUAAAUUACUGUUUGUAUUUGAAUUGCUUCAGAUCCACUCAUACUGAUCCACAUUAUGUAGUACAGUCAAAAGUCAUUAAUUCGGACACCCAUAAUCCGGACGUUGCAGAUUGCGUUGUUCCUUAAUCUUCAAAUUGGAUCCGGCUUAUUAUUUUUUGCAGACUGUUAGAGCAAUUUUAUA